GUUCGGAGAAUGUGCGUGUGAAGGGGAGACGUUUAGGGGGGAGACGUUUGUGGCGCACAGGUUCGGAGAAGGUGCGUGUGAAGGGGAGACGUUUAAGAGGGAGACGUUUGUGGGGCGCAGGUUCGGAGAAGGUGCGUAUGAAGGGGAGACGUUUAAGAGGGAGACGUUUGUGGGGCGCAGGUUUGGAGAAGGUGCGUAUGAAGGGGAGACGUUAAGGGGGGAGACGUUUGGGGGGCGCAUGUUGGGAGAAGGUGCGUGUGAAGGGGAGAUGUUUAGGGGGUGGACGUUUGUGGGGCGCAGGUUGGGAGAAGGUUCGUGUGAAGGGGAGACGUUUAGGGGGGAGACGUUUGUGGGGCGCAGGUUCGGAGAAGGUGUGUGUGAAGGGGAGACGUUCAGGGGGGAGGCGUUUGUGGGGCAGAGGUUGGGAGACGGUGCGUGUAAAAGGGAGACGUUUAGGGGGGAGGCGUUUGUGGGGCGCAGGUUGGGAGAAGGUGCGUGUGAAGGGGAGACAUUUGUGGGCCGCAAGUUGGGAGAAGGUGCGUGUGAAGGGGAGACGUUUAGGGGGGAGACGUUUGUGGGGCGCAGGUUCGGAGAAGGUGCGUGUGAAUGGGAGACGUUUAGAGGGGAGACGUUUAUGGGGCGCAGGUUCGGAGAAGGUGCGUGUGAAAGGGAGACGAUUAGGAGGGAGACGUUUGUGGGUCGCAGGUUCGGAGAAGGUUCGGAGAAGGUUGGGGAAGGUGCGUGUGAAGGGGAGACGUUUAAGGGGGAGACGUUUGUGGCGCGCAGGUUCGGAGAAGGUGCGUGUGAAGGGGAGUCGUUUAGGGGGGAGACGUUUGUGGCGCGCAGGUUCAGAGAAGGUGCGUGUGAAGGGGAGACAUUUGGGGGGCACAAGUUGGGAGAACGUGUGUGUGAAGGGGAGACUUUCAGGGGGGAGACGUUUAUGGGGCGCAGGUUCGGAGAAGGUGCGUGUGAAGGUGAGACAUUUACGGGGGAGACGAUUGUGGGGCGCAGGUUGGGGGAAGGUGCGUGUGAAGGGGAGACGUUUGUGGGGCGCAAGUUGGGAGUAGGUGCGUGUGAAGGGGAGACGUUCAGGGGGGAGACGUUUGUGGGGCGCAGGUUGGGAGAAGGUGCGUGUGAAGGGGAGACGUUUAGGGGGGAGACGUUUGUGGGGCGCAGGUUGGGGGAAGGUGCGUGGGAAGGGGAGACGUUUGUGGAGCGCAAGUUGGGAGUAGGUGCGUGUGAAGGUGAGACAUUUAGGGGGGAGACGUUUGUGGGGCGCAGGUUGGGGGAAGGUGCGUGUGAAGGGGAGACGUUUGUGGGGCGCAAGUUGGGAGUAGGUUGGGAGAAGGUGUAUGUGAAGGGAAGACUUUCAGGGGGGGAGACGUUUGUGGGGCGCAGGUUGGGAGAAGGUGCGUGUGAAAGGGAGACGUUCAGGGGGGAGAUGUUUGUGGGGCGCAGGUUGGGGGAAGGUGCGCGUGAAGGGGAGACGUUUGUGGGGCGCAAGUUGGGAGUAGGUGCGUGUGAAGGGGAGACGUUUGUGGGGCGCAGGUUGGGAGAAGGUACGUGUGAAGGGGAGACGUUUAGGGGGGAGACGUUUGGUGGGCGCAUGUUGGGAGAAUGUGCGUGUGAAGGGGAGACGUUUAAGGGGGAGACGUUUGUGGGGCGCAGGUUGGGAAAAGGUGUGUGUGAAGGGGAGACGUUUAGGGGGGAGACGUUUGUGGGGCGCAGGUUGGGAGAAGGUGCGUGUGAAGGGGAGACGUUUAGGGCGGAGACGUUUGUGGGGCGCAAGUUGGGAGAUGGUGCGUGUGAACGGGAGACGUUUAGGGGGGAGACGUUUGUCGGCGCAGGUUGGGAGAAGGUGCAUGUGAAGUGGAGACGUUUAGGGGGGGAGACGUUUGGUGGGCGCAUGUUGGGAGAAUGUGCGUGUGAAGGGGAGACGUUUAAGGGGGAGACGUUUGUGGGGCGCAGGUUGGGAAAAGGUGCGUGUGAAGGGGAGACGUUUAGGGGGGAGACGUUUGUGGGGCGCAGGUUGGGAGAAGGUGCGUGUGAAGGGGAGACGUUUAGGGCGGAGACGUUUGUGGGGCGCAAGUUGGGAGAUGGUGCGUGUGAAGGGGAGACGUUUAAGGGGGAGACGUUUGUGGGGCGCAGGUUCGGAAAAGGUACGUGUGAAGGGUAG